ACAGGGGCAGGCUAAUGCUAAACUGCUCCUUCGGUCCCUAGGGUUUUGCAGGUGACUUCGAAAUACAACCUUGCUCCUGCUUCAAUCGAAGUCGAUCUCCAUCGCCACCGUCUCCUCCGCUUCACCCGAGCGCACGCUCGAGCACGCCGACUCCGCAUCGUCUUCUUCACCGGCGACCAGCCAAAACCUCUCGCUCACGGCCAGGUUGUCAUGGCGGCCGCUAAUAACGUUCCGACUGGUCUGGACAAGGAACAGAUUUUUGGCAUGGCAGAGAAGGAGAUGGAAUACCGGGUGGAACUUUUUAACAAGCUUACGAACACAUGUUUUAACAAGUGCGUCGAGAAAAAGUAUAAAGAAUCGGAGCUAAAUAUGGGUGAAAAUAGUUGCAUUGAUCGAUGUGUUUCAAAGUAUUGGCAGGUGAAUAGUCUAAUAGGCCAGUUGCUUGGAUCUGGUCGUCCGCCAAUGUAGAAUAUGCUGGUGCAGCUGAUCCGUGUCAUCCUAGAGUAGAUGCCCAGUCGGAUUUUUGAGGAAAGCCAGGAACUGCUGAUAUUAUAGUCCUUUUUUUCUGUGUGUCUUAUGAGUUUACGAGGUCCUCUGCUUAUUGUUUAGUUUGGACUUUGUGGCAGUGGCAGCGGCGGUCCUGAAUGCUCGCUGUCCACAGUUAUUGGGAAGACUUGUAUUCUUAAAUAAAUAGCAGCGUUAAUCUCAGUUGAAUUGGAAUUCUGAGAUGGGGUUCUUACUGAAGAGCAAAGCACGAUCAGACACCUGGCUGUUGAAUAUUUUAUGAAGUCUUGAUUGUUGUUCA